GUGGGGAGUUUUGUUGAGUUGCUAGUUUUGAGUAAAUAUGAGCGGAUUUCGGGUAAAAGAGAGGCGUUUGGUUUUUCAACGCGUGACAAAGACCUCACAACAUUGUUGUGUACCCCUGUGUGCGAAUUCGUCAAAGUACAACAGUACUAUAAGCUUUCAUAGCUUUCCAGUAGAUGUGUCGGUGAGAGCCGAAUGGAUGGUAAGAGUACGGCGGGAGGACUUCACCCCAAGCAAGACGAGUCGUGUUUGCAGCAGGCAUUUCCAAAAGGGCGAUUUUGUUAACAACCCCGGGAAAUUGAGAAAGUUGAAGAAAGGGGCCAUUCCUACUCUUUUUUCCUGGAAUGAUUUUCAAAUACCGGCACCGAGGGCGAGCGUGUGGGAGCGGAGACCCAGACCAGAUAGCCCCCCUCCUCCUGUCCAUGACAUCGACUCAGAAGAAGAGAUGGAACUGGAUACCCUGGCACCAGAUCAUGAUUAUUGUAUUACUCCUACAACAGCAAUGGUCGCAGAUCAGUUAGCUGAGGAAAACGAUACACUUCGCCAGAAAGUUAAGGAGCUCGAACUACACAUUGAGGCUCUCCAGCUGCGGAGUUGUUUUGGACUGAAACGAUUUGCAGGAUCGGACGAGGACAUCCGAUUUUAUACCAGAUUCCAUUCUUAUGCCCACCUGAUGGCAUUCUGGAGGCUCAUCGAACCAGCAACAUCAAGGAUGAUCCGUGUGACAAGUGUGGCUAGAGAAGCAUCGGCCUCUGUGGCAGAGAAGACAACAGCAAACAGAUCAACUAAGUUGCUGCCCAUAGAUGAGUUAUUUCUUUUCCUUAAUUAUCUAUCCACUGGAUGCACACAGAGAGAGCUUGGGCACCGAUUUAACAUCCAUCGGACAACAGCCAGCAGGAUCAUCACAACCUGGGCCAACUUUCUUUACUGUGUACUGGGAGCUAUUUGUAUCUGGAUGACACCUGAAGCAAUCAAAGCUAACCUACCUCCUGAGUUCAAGGACUAUGCAGACACUCAGGUCAUUGUUGACUGCACAGAACUGCGGUGCCAAACUCCAUCCUCACUUGUGUUACAGAGUGAGGUGUACUCGCACUACAAAUCACACUGUACCUUCAAGGCCAUGAUUGGCAUGGCACCACAUGGUCCUCUGACAUUUGUUUCUGCACUCUACGGGGGCUCUAUUAGUGACCGUGAGCUUUUCAGAUUGUCCGGCAUUAUACCUCUCCUGUCCCCUGACAUGGCUGUGAUGGUGGACAAGGGCUUUAGGGUGGAAAACCUUGUGCCAGGAAAACUUCACAGGCCUGCCUUCCGCUCCAACAACAAUCAAAUGGCAGCACAGGACGUCCUGGAGACCCAAUCAAUUGCGCGGCUGCGAGUUCAUGUUGAAAGGCUAAUCAGGCGGGUUAAGGAGAACAAACUUUUUGACACUGUAAUCCCUUUGUCUAUUUCAGGGAGCAUUAGCCAGCUUUUCACUGUAGCUUGCAUCUUGUCCAACUACCAAAAUGGACCUCUGGUCAAAGACUGGAGAGAACAUAAGAGCCAGGUAGAAAUCUGACUGUUUGCUUCAUGGCUGGCUGCUCCUCUUCCUCAUUUUCCUUUGUUUUUACUGAUUCACACCACAAUUUAGUUUUGCCUUACAUUUACUGACAUUUUUAAUUAAUAAAUUACUUAUUUGAAAUCUA